AUGGUCGACAUCGUCCCCCUCUCCUCCUACCCCUCCUACAUCGACCUCCUCCCCUCCAUCCAAACCUGCAACAUCACAAACCUCCCGGAGAACUACUUCCUAAAAUACUACCUCUACCACGCCCUCACCUGGCCACAGCUCUCCUUCGUCGCCGUCGUCCGCCCGCGCAAUGGCUACCCCGACGGCAAAAUCGCCGGCUCAUACCCCAAGGUCGUGGGGUACGUUCUCGCCAAGAUGGAAGAGGAGCCGACGGACGGCGUGCAGCACGGGCAUAUUACCAGUUUGAGUGUUAUGCGGACGCACCGACGGCUGGGAAUUGCGGAGCGCUUGAUGAGGAUGAGUCAGCGCGCAAUGGCCGAGUCGCACCGCGCGCAAUUCGUCUCGCUGCACGUGCGUGUUUCCAACAAGGCGGCGCUGCACCUUUACCGCGACACUUUGGGCUUCCAGGUCGAUAGCGUCGAGAGCAAGUACUAUGCUGAUGGGGAGGAUGCGUACGCGAUGCGCAUGGAUCUGUCGCCGAUGUGGAUUGAUUGGGCGGAGAUUGAGCGGAAGGACCGCGCGCGCCAUGCGAAGGAUGAGAAGGAUGCGGAUGAGGGGGAUGAGGUGGGAGAAUUGGGGAAGAAGGAGGAUGAGAAGGAGAAGGAGAAGAUGGUGCGCGUUAAGGUUGGACGGAGUCUUGGGGUGGGCGAUUUGGUGGAGAAGAAUGAGGUGCAGACGGCGUAG